AUGGCUUGUAGCUUCAAUCAAUCGAUCGCUUUACCAUCAAGACUAAAUCGAAUUCGGUCACCAAUCGCUUCUCAUACAAGCUUCAAUCUCAACAAAUCACAUCCUAUUCUAAGAAGGUUAUAUUCAGAAAAACCACAAGAAAACCAUUCAUCAACCUCCAAAAGCUCUGGAAGUGGAUUUAAACAAUUCCUAAAUGAUCUUAGCUUGGGUUAUAGUUUACCAAUUAGUUUUGUAAUUGGCAUUGGUUUGUAUGGUUAUCUUCAAUCACAAUUACCUGAAAGUUCAGAACAUCAAGGAUCGAAUCGAAAACCAUCAUCAUCUAAAGAACCAUUACCACCUUUAAUCGAAUUAUCAAAUUUAGAUGAUAUACCUAUGAUAGAUCCAGAUACUCAAAUCGAAUUUUCAAAGAAAUUAGAAUCAAAUGAAAAUAAUGGUCAAGAACCAUUAAGAUUAAUCGGAUUAGGAGUUCGUACGGUAUCUUUCUUAGGUGUUAGAGUUUAUUCUGCUGGGUUUUAUGUAGAUCCACGUGUACUGAGAGCAUUAAGAGUGGUACCAGGUUGGAAUGAAGAUGUGACAAAAGAGAAAUUACUUUCGAUAGAGACUGAUUCUAAAAGUAUCACUUUACCUACUAGUACUACUUCACCUAUUGAUGAAAAAUCAACAUCUGUUAUUGAGAAACCUAUCUCGGGGGAAAGUAUGAUGCGGAAUUUGAUUACUGUACCAGUCCAAUUUGCUAUUCAAAUCGCACCUGCUCGAUCUACAGAUUUCACACAUUUGAGAGAUGGAUUUUGUAGAUCAUUAACCGCACGUGUUACUCAUGCUACUAAAAAAGGUUUACUAACCGAUUUUGAAGCAGAGCGUGCAUCUGAAUCUAUUAACCAAUUUAGAUCAUUUUUCCCUGCUGGUGUUUCGGUUCCUAAAGGAAAAACUAUUUUACUUAGAAAAACUUCAAGUGGUAGUUUAUCACUUGAAUAUGGUGGUAAAAGAUUAGGACAAGUUGAAGAUCCUUUGAUUGCUCGUGAAUUAUUCUUAGCAUAUUUUUCUGAUGUAGAUCCAAUUAGUCCAAAAUUCAAGGAAUCUGUGGCUGAAGGAUUUGAGAAGAUGUAUAAAUGA